AGAGCACCGAGCUGAGGACUCAGAGAGAAGAAGUGAGAACAGAGGUCGAGCAACAGGGGUCGUGGAAAAAAGGAACUAAAAUUAAAAAAAAGAACUAAAAGAGAAAGUCAACAGCUUCUGCCGAUGAUCUUCCAUCAUCUCUAAGAAAGUGAACCUGAGCGAGAGAGAGAGAGAGAGAGAGAGAAUAAAACGUCGGCGCCAUUAUGAAGCUGUGGAGUCGCCUCUGCUUCCUUGUUCUAGCAGUCUCUUCGAUUUCCAGAGCACAACCCUCAACUACAGAGUCACCGCAAGACAAGGAGGAUGCAGGUGCCCCAGGCUCCUCGACUCCUCCCCCUCUGUCCAAGUCUUUCGAUGACACAGAAAACAACUCCACCCUCUUAACGCUGCCCCCCCCAUCCUCAACGAGUCAUGUGUCGGAAAAUGCAACAGAUCCGCUUUCAACAGCGACUACGACAGCCGUGGAGACAGAGCACGGCGGUGGCAGCUCAUUGGCUCCCACGACGGCCUCGACCAGUAAGACGGAAGAGCCCACCACUGAUCCCAUGACAACAGCAAGCAGCACACCAGAGCCAGUGAUAGCUGGAGCCACAGGAGGUUCAACACUGGGUUAUGUGAUGAUGGUGUUUAUCUUUGUGGUGAUCAUUGCUCUGUGUGUCAUCCUCUUCUUUCUCAGGAGAGCGUCCAGGACGUACUCGUUUGACCUCCAGUUCCCAAAUCCCAUCAUUAAUCAGUUCAGCGAACCCAUCGGCACCUUUGAACCAGUCUACCUCGAUGACCUAGCCCCAAAUGAUCGAGUGGCCACCAGUGAACCUCCAGUAGCCAACGGCACAAGUCUGUCGGAGGAAAAAGGCUCCAUCGUAGAGAACGCUCCACAGGAACAACCACGGGCCAACGGUCUGGAGACGUCCUCACUGAGCUGUGACACCAGCCCCCCCCCGGGCGAGGACCCUGCAGCCGACAAGACCUCGGAGCCCCCGGGCAGCACAAACCUGUUCUUCGAGGACACAGGAGAGACGCAGCAGAACGAAAACAACAACAAUCCCUCGGUUUGUUCCAGUGACCCAUUCGUUGAAAUAAACCUGGACGACCCAGGGUACUGGUGCGAUCAGCUCCUCAACUCUCCUGAAGCCACCUCCUCUGUCCUCCCCUUCUCUCCUUUCUCCUUCUCCUCCUCUUCCUCCUCCUCAUCCUCCUCUUAGCACCUUCAGAAACCACCUCGACACCAACAUGGAGACUUUCAAACACCAGGACACCAGCAACUUUCAUCUCUUUACCUCAUGUCCGCCACCAGCUGGCAGGGGACUAGCCUGCAAACUGUUCAUCAUGCUUUACCUAAGUAAUCCAUUCAUCCAAACUGACAUAGGAAUAUAUAAGUUGUAUAGUUUCACAGGAAGAUAAGAAAGUGACAAGUCAUAGUUAAAACAAAGUGUUCUUUUCUAAUUGUUUGUGUAACGAAUCCUCAUCUGGACUUUUAAUUCUGCAAAAAAAAAUGAAUCAGGUUUUAAAAUGGCAGCUUUGUCUGUACACGUGGUAACAACACUGCACAGACCCUCCAGAUGUUUAAAGUCCUGAUGAAAACUUAUUUUUUAAUGCCUUCUUUUAUUCAUUCUGCCUGUUUCCCCCCCCUUCCAGAACAUUCAGAAAGUAUUCACAGCCAAUAAAUACUCAUAACAAAAUAAA